AUGGCCGAAAAUAGCAAGGGUGCGUCUAAAAAUGUUCCUGAGCGAAAGGCCAGCCCUGGAAGCAUUCCGCUGACGUCAUCUUCAAGCGACCAUCAAGCUCGGCGGGCUUCGGUGCAGAAAGGAGAGAGCAAGAGCCCGACCGGCGGUGCCCAUGUUACUGCUGACGUCAAACAGCCUGGCUCUUCUGACGCCGUGCCUGCGACGAGCCCGUCUCAUCACCAGGAGACCGUUUCAUACACUUCAUCCGACAUAACUUCUCCGCCGUAUGACGCCUUGACCAAGACACCGACGAGCCCAUUCUCUGCCGUUGGAUCAGGGAUCUCCUCGCUGAGAAGCCCCGAAUCACCGAGUUGCAUUUCCGACGCUGAACGUCGACUGGCCGACCUGACAGUGCUCAGGGGUCGCAAGUUGCCCCUGAGUGAGAGCGAGCUGCCAAUGAGCCCCAUGGUGGAGCGAGAUCGAAGGUCGUCCAAGGGAAGGAGGGUGUCCAUCGACAUGCUACCCACCAUCGACCUCAUCUCUCCGCGGAGCGCGCUCCGCUCACCCGUGCCCGAGGUGAAGUCGCCGACCGAAGAGACGCCCGCCACCGGUGAGUCAACAAUCUUCGAGACGCCAGAAAAUGCGCAACUCUUUGCAAAUAUGUAA